GAUUCCUUUCUGCUCAACACUUUUAUGGCUCGUGAUAAAUAUCUGGCACUACUUCAAGAUUAACCUUUGUUCUCUAUCGAUCGAGGUCAGAUUAGACUCAGCUGGUUUGAUAUUACCAUAAUCAAUAAAUAAAUUGAUGAUUUGUGGUGUGGAUGUACCGCUCAGUGGCUUUCUUUAGGACCCCACCUUCCGGUUCUGUCUUCCUCUCCAACCCCGCUGGAUACUCCUCUUUCUGACUCAGGAUCUCCACCUUUUCCUCUUCCUCAUGCUCCUCCUCCUCCUCCCUGCCAGUCCUGGCUCUGACUGAGCCAGCUGUUUCAUGCCGGAUCACCGGCGGCAGAGAGGAGAGACAAGCGUUGGUGGGGGGGAGGAGGAGACAAUGGAGAAAGAUUACAAAGACUGUAAAGUCCCGCACUGGUUUGAAUGAACUGGGAUAUACCAACGCACCAGUGGAUGAGCCUGCAGGCAGCUCCAUUGUGAACUUCAGAUUUCCACAGAAUAUUUCAUAAGAUUAUCAUAACAAAGGCGCGCCUGGACAAACAAGAAAAAAGUCCGUAAACGCUGCACAACAACUAUUACUCUAACUUAGAAAGGACAAAAACACGUGGUUUUAUUGAAGGAGCAAAGGCGAUGAAAGCAGCGGAGGGAGAGGAGAGGACGUUCAUUCAUACGACCUAAAGCUGUAUGCUGUGUUUCGGCCAGUCGGCCUUCUUCCGCUUCAACCACCCUGAGGAAGCCUUCAGAAUGAAGAGCAUGAUGCCCCAGGGGGGAGGAGUUCCCACUGGAGACUACACACUGUGUGCAGACACUGAAAGUUUGGUCAAUGGGAAUCACCAGACCAGUCCAGUCCAGUCUCCUCCAGCUGCUGGAGAGAGAGUCCAGUCUGAGCACAGUGCCAUCGUCAGCUCCAUUGAGAAGGACCUCCAGGAGAUCAUGGAUUCCUUAGCCAUGGAUGACCCCCAGCCCUCUCCCUCUGAGGCAAAGAAGCCUCCUGGAGGCCAGUCUAUUCCCCGCUCCCCCCUGUCUCCCGUGGUCAACGGAGGGGGAAAGUAUCUGCUGUCCCCGCCCACCAGCCCAGGGGCCAUGUCUGUGGGGUCCAGCUACGAGAACACGUCCCCUCCUUUCUCCCCGCUCUCAUCCCCUUCAGCGGCCAGCAGUGGGAGCUUUACCAGUCCGUCUCCAAGUGGAGGACCCCUGGACCAGAGCUCCACCCUGCCACCGGUGCCUACACGCUCCUCUAGCUACAACUUUACCACCCAGCCUCCACCUGUACCUCAGCCACGGACAAUACUGCCCAACUUUAGCAGCUCUGGGCUUGGCCAGAAGGUUCAUGAAAGCCCCAGACUGCAGCGGAAAGUCUUACCGGAGGCUCCUCCGAGUUCCAAGCCAAGCCCCAGAGGACUGGUCCAGGAUGGGUUUGAGGACCCUUGCCUGACCCCACUCCUGUCCUCUAAUGAAUCUCUCAAUAGUAGAAACAUUGUGCCAGGCAGCCCCAGAAUCACCCCCAAGUUCCCGUCCUGUCCAUCCCCAUCUCCCUCCAGCCCCAGAACCAAGACCACCACAGUGCUGCAGGAAAGGCCUGCCAGCCCCUUCAGAGAGCACCCCAUUCUGGCUGAGCCCUCCCUCACCUCCAACCUCUCCAGCCAGCUUUCCCAACCCACCAGAGCCUUCCAGCCCCCCCUGGACCCCAUUGUCCACAUCAUCCAAGGAUCUCCCCUCCAGCAUCCACGUUCGCUGCAGCCCCUCGAGAGCCCUCGUAUGGCCAGGAGGAAGAUGGAGUUGAACGGUAGCAGCGGUAUGAGAGAGCUGCCUCCUCUAAGCCCCUCUUUAGCUCGGAGGGCGGUCCCAGUUCUCCCAGGAGCGCUGCCAGGGACAAUCCCCAUGUUGAGGUCUCUGGAGAGCCCAUCAGGUUUGGGAAAGCUUGUCCCAGAGAGUCCCAGGCUUCGGCGUAAAGCUGGAUGCGAAUCAGAGGAGGCAGCGAGCAGUAGGGGGAUUCGAGCUCGCAGUCCAUCUCCAACCUCGGUGAUGAUGGAGGGCAGCAGCUUACGGAAAACAGGCUUUGGGAAUUCUUUAUCACCUGCUUACAGUCUGGGGUCCCUGCCUGGUUCUUCCCCCGUAGCCAGCCCCAGGACCCACAGGAAAAUGUCUUCAGGGAGACCCCACCCUGGGAUGAGAGAGAGGAAGAACAGCAUCACGGAGAUCAGCGACAAUGAGGAUGAACUGCUGGAGUACCAUCGACGACAGAGAGAGGAGAGGCUCCGGGAGCAGGAGAUGGAGAGACUGGAGAGGCAGCGGCUGGAGACCAUCCUGAACCUCUGUGCUGAAUACAACAAAGGGGAGACCACUGGGCUGGACCCUCUGGGCUCUGGGAGGACUGGUUUCCCUGGGAGUUUUGUGGAAGGAUCUGGAAGGAGAUCGUCUGUGGAGAACGUGCUAGCGGGGACGUCUUCGGCCACACUGCACCUGGCUCAGCGACAGAGAGAGAGCGACGAGGAGAACCUGAAGGAGGAGUGUAGCAGCACAGAGAGCACCCAUCAGGAGGUGAGGACGGCUCCCGGCCCGGCUCCGGCUCUGCGUAGCGGAGAGCAGCAUGAGGACCCCUCCAGUUCGGUCUGUGCCGGGCGCUCAGAGCUGGCUUACCUAGAGGAUGAGAGGGUUCGUGUUCUGGCUCGGGUCGACGAGCUUAAAACCCGGCUUACGGAGCUGGAGCAGCAGCUUCAGGAAUCCAGACAAGAGGCUGAGAUGGAGCGUGCCUUGCUGCAGGGCGAGAGGCAGGCAGAGCUCGACCAGAUAGAAGCAGAGACAGAUAUCAUCACUCAGCUGCAGCUCAGGCUGGACGAGCUGGAGAGCGCCAUCCAGCGGGAGAAAGACAAGGAAAGAGCUAAAGUUGAGGCCGAGCGCCGGGCCCUGCAGAGACUCCAGGAGGGCUACGCUGAGCUGAAGAACCAGCUUCAUAACUGUCCCGAGUCCCUGCGGGAACAGCUGCAGGAACAGCUCAAAAGGGAUGGAGAGGUUCUGGAAGCAGGAACCAAGAAGUUUGAGGACCUGGAGUUUCAGCAGCUGGAGAGAGAAAGCAGUCUGGAGGAGGAACGUGAAAACAUGAGCCAGCAGCUGCUCCAGGAGAGGGCAGAGUACCACAGCAACGUGGCCAAGAGGAAGGAGAAGGUUUCUGCUCUGGAGAACCAAGCCAGCCAGCUAGGCCAGCAGGCGUCUCAGGAGUGUGAGCGGCUGGCUAAAGACAGGACGCUCACGCUGCAAAUGCUCCAAAAGGAGAAGGAGCGACUGUCAGCCCUGGAGAAGCGAUACCACACCCUGACUGGAGGGAAGAGCUUCCCCAGAUCCUCCACCGCGCUGAGGGAGGAGUAUGUGACAGUGGGCCAGUUAAAUCAGAUGUACGGGAUGCCCAAGGUGGAGUCGUCCCCUACCUCCCCGCUUCGCCAGCCCCUGCAGUCUGGAGCGGUAGACCCGGCCUUCUCCUGUCUCCCCUCUCCACAUGGUUCCUCCCUUUCUCUGUCUGUGGAGCUCCAGUCGGAGGCCGGCAAACCCCGCCUCCCCAAGCUAGACUUAGAGCAGUGGUACCAGGAGCUGAUGGCUGCUUCCAGCCCGCUCUGUCCUCCCCCUCUGCCUGCCAAGUCGCUGUCAGGCCGCACACCUGUUCUGCAGGUAUUCCGCUCUAAACUGGACAGCGAUCCUGGUCCCCAUCAGCCCAGGUCUGGAUCUGCAUCGCCUCUGCAUCACGGAGCUGCAACCCUAGGACGCAACACCAGCUCUAAGAGCCCCCUGCUGGCGGUCAGCAGCACCGGCAGCCUGCCCAGGAACCUGGCUGCAACCCUGCAAGACAUCGAGACCAAGAGGCAGCUGGCUCUGCAGCAGAAAGGUCAGCAGGUGAUCGACGAGCAGCGCCGCCGUCUGGCUGAGCUCAAACAGCGAGCGGCGGUGGAGGCUCAGUACCAGUGGGAGGCACUCCACGGCUCCCAGCCCCACCUGCUGACUUCCUCGUCACCCUCCUACUCGCCCGUCAUGGCGUACAGCCCUAUGCUGAGCCACAGCUCCCUGGGUCCCCCUCCUCUGGUCCACCACUCCAUCCUGCACCACCAACCUCCAUCAGGAGAGCAGCCCUACGACACCCUGAGCCUGGAGAGCUCGGACAGCAUGGACACCAGCGUGUCCACCGGGAAUAACUCAGCCUGCUCGCCUGAUAACAUGUCUGGGGUUGGAGGAGGGGACGCGCUGAAGAUCGAGGACAUGGAGAAAAUGCUGAAGGAGGCACAGCAGGAGAAAGCCAGACUCAUCGAGUGUCGGGUCAGAAAAACACGUAAUGAAAGCGGCUUUCCUCAGGAACGAGAGAGCCUGGCUCGCCGUCGGAUGCUGGAGGAGGAGCGGAGGAGAAGGGAGGAUGCAGAGAAGAGGCUGCAGGAUGAAGCUUUGCACCGCCAGCAGCUCGUGGAAAAGGAGGUCAGGAUGAGGUCCAAGAACUUCUCCCAGGCCCGGCCCAUGACCCGCUACCUGCCCAUCAGGAAGGAGGAGUUCGACCUGCGCUCACACGUGGAGUCGUCAGGCCACAGCGUGGAAACGUGCUACCACCUUAUCCUCACCGAGAAGAUGUGCAAGGGCUACCUGGUAAAGAUGGGAGGAAAGAUCAAGUCCUGGAAGAAACGAUGGUUCGUAUUCGACCGCCUCAAGCGGACCUUCUCCUACUACGUGGACAAACACGAGACCAAGCUGAAGGGUGUGAUCUACUUCCAGGCCAUAGAAGAGGUGUACUAUGACCACCUGCGCAGCGCCACCAAGAGCCCCAACCCCUCCCUGACCUUCUGCGUGAAGACCCACGACCGCCUCUACUACGUGGUGGCCCCGUCGGCGGAGGCCAUGAGGAUCUGGAUGGACGUGAUCGUCACGGGAGCGGAGGGAUACACGCAGUUCAUGAACUGAGAGCGUGCAGGUGGCGCGCGGUUUUCUUCGGCAGGGACUCAUCCACGUCCUCUUUCCAGUCCGGCACGGAUCCGCACGUUUCAUGAUAAUCUCACUCCUCGUUCCAUCGUGCCGGCGUUCCCAUCUUCACAUUUUCUAUGUGGUUCUGUUUGGAUGUAAAAAGGGAGCCUCACACACCACCGUAUAUAAACCAAAUGUAAACCUGUCAGACUUUACCAGCCUUUCUAUUUGCCAAAUGGAGAUCUGUUUGUUACUGUUGAAGAUUUUAUAUUAUUUCUUUCGUUAUUUCUUUUUUACUUGUAGAGAAAAUUUGCCAAAUGACAUGAUGCCAAUCGUUUUAAGUAUUCCAUCAUGACUGUGCUGAGGUAGACUGUAGUUUAAGAGAAUCUGCCAUCAGAGGCUGAGAUUGUUUCAGAAAUAUCUUCAAGCGUCUGUGAGAAAUGGUAGAAAAGAAUCAGGGGACGGAGGGGAUCUGAGUCCACAUUCAUCUGAACCAGUCGAGCUGCAGCCUCUGAGUCAUGACUGUCCCGAACCCCCCAUCAAACAGCAUCCAGAGUUUCAUCUCACCCGUACUGCUUCACACACACUUACCAAAGGUCUUACAGGAAUAUUCUUCCACGUCGAACCUCAGGAGUUCACUCUGCAGCUCCCACGAAGGUGACCAGGAUCAGGUUCCAGUGUUAACGGACGCUGCUCAGAGUUUAGGUUUUAUUCCAGUUACUCCAACCGGGGCUCAUUAAACACUUUAGGUAAAAUACUUGUGAUGUGCAACUGUUGGCGAAAGUUACCCAAACCUUAACCCUCCCAGCUCAAUGCCUAACCCUACAGCAGAAAUCAGAGAUGAAGUCUUUACCCCAGCAGGAAGUCCCUGUAAGACACGUCUACAGGUGGAGAGGACAGUUAGCCUAGCCUAGCAUAAAGAUUAAGCAGAAACCUCACGUCUCCCUUUUUUCUCAUUUCAUUUUACACCAGUGGAAAAGUAUCUCGUGCUGCCUUCGCUGAAGUUUUCUGAUUUAACUUGUUUGUUUUAUUCAUUUAGAGAAAUUUUCUUUUGUUUUUUGAAAUUUGUUUGAAUAAUGUGAAGAAUUUAGCCGAAGUCUUUAUGCUAGCCUAGCAUGUGCUACCUCCUGCCACAUCUUUCUGGGUCUGUAAUUUAAAGCUGAAGCUAGUUAGCUUAGCAGAUUGGAAAUGGGCAAAAAGACUUGUAUCUGUUUUCUAAAACUAUAUGUAUUUUUGAGCAUAGCCAAGUCAUUUCUAAUAACUUUGACUUAACUGAUACUGUUUUAGUUGGACUGUCUCAGGCUGACGUUUAAAAUUAGCUUCAUGUCAAACUUUCACAGCAGAACCCAAAAUGUCAAACUAAAAGACUUCUUGUACAGCUUUGGACCAGGAACAUUUUUUAAUUUUAUUUGAUUUUUAUUUUCCUUUUUCAGCUAGCCUAAAGGAGUAUUUAAAUAAUCACACAUGGGCUACAGAACGCACACACACACACACACACACACCGCUCAGAGGCUGACUGCCAAACACUGUUUAAUGGUCUCGCCAAAGCUGCCAUCGUCUCCCUGUACUGGUGACCACGUUGUCUCUAGAUGAAGCCAUCAUACUGUGUGUGCUCACAAACGAACUAAGAAGUUAAUUUCUAAGCCUAGUAGCCUUUAGCUAACUUGAUGAUGCGACUGCGCCGCUGGGAGCGGCCAUCUGUGACGCCAGCAGCGACCCAUGGUGGAAUAACGGUGCCUUGACCAUGUGUUGUUUGAGUGCAGCACGCCACGAGGCUACAACCACAGGAAAGCAGUUUACUGGCGUUUCUUAGACGCCAUGCAGCACCUGCACAGCCCUGCAUGAGGUUUUCUUCGUCACUGUGGAGAAGUUACACCAGAGGCUCUAAGAACUUUGGAAGAAUCAGUGUUUUCUCCCUGAAGAUGGUUCAGAGCGAAUAAAUCCCAACUUCUGCCAGGACGGCCUCGGGCUUUAACCGGCUGGCUGUCAUGAAAAUGUCCAUCAUCCCAUCGUCAAUCUGUGAAAAUCCACUGUGGUCAGAUUUUGUGUGGGGGACGAACAGCGCUGUGAUCUCAUGUGGGUCAGUACAGUCAUGAUAUUUAUAGUUGUCGUGCCUGAGAUGGUGACAUGUUGACUUCUAGAAAAUAAAAUAGAAGACUAGUGAAGAGACCUUAAUAUAUUCUACCCUCUUGCCUUUUACCAAACUUUUCGACACUGGCAAGGCUGUUAAAUUAUGUCUGUUGGCUGUAGGUGGUAUGAACUUCACCGUUAUAUGUAUGCUGAAAAGAAGAAAAUUUAUAUAAAGAAUAUGCCUGAAUGGGGGAAAAAUAUAGAACUGAAACAGUAUUGUAUGGAAAGAAGUACAAUUUUUACUUAUUUUAGAGCUUUUAUUGCCAGUUACGUGUAAAAUUGUACAGUAGUAAUGUCUCAACCUACCUUUUCGGUUUUUACUGGUACAACAAAACAUCUGCAGGUACAUGUACAUAGAAUAAAUCACCCCUCAUGAGACUACACCCCCCGUAGAAAGCAAACACAGUUUCACAAUCAGUACUCGGACCAGACUGUGUUAUUGGUACCCUGUAUGUCUCGUGUCAUGUUCAUGUAUGAAUAAUAUGAAUUGUUGUCAAAUCUAUUAAAAAAAACAACGGUCACAGA